AUGAACUCCUUCCGCAUCGCAACUCUUUUGCUCCUUCUGUCAUCUGGACACUCGUUGCAGACUCCUUCCACGAACUUGGGGGCCCCUGGGAAUCACCAUUCUCACCUCGUCAAUUCAAAGACGAGCAACAACGUGUCGUCAACUUCGUCUCAACGACGACAACUCGAUCAAAAGAUUCAGACCCUCAGAGGUGGCUCUCUAAGUCUCUCGCCAGGUGCUCUCCAGAUUGCUGAGAAGCUGGCCCCCAAGCUCGGAAUUUUGACCGCUUCGGCCCUUUACUUGGCCCCAGCCGGUGCGGUCAUGAAUGCUGUCAAAAAGAACGACAUUGGCGAUUUGGAUCCAAUUCCAGUCACCAUUUCGUCAGUUGUUUCGGUAUGCUGGUUGGUCUAUGGAUUGUCGAUUCAAGAUCCCAACGUGGUCUUGUCAAACCUUCUAGGCUGCAUUGGUAGCAUUGGCUUUGUCUUUGGUAUCCUUCCAUUGCUUCGAGACAAUGUCAAAACCUUGCGAAAGACCCAGACCGUUGGGAUUGCUUUGAGUGGAGCAACUUUGUGUCUCUGGUCUUUUCUUGGAGUCACCAAGGCGUCUAUGGCUAAAGUCAGUGAUUCUCUGGCACUCUUUGCGUCAGGGCUUUUUAUCGUCAUGUCGGGCAGUCCACUGUCCUCCAUGGGAAAGGUGAUUGCGGAAAAGGAUUCCAGCAGUAUCUUGGGACCAUUGACUGUUGCUCAAGUGAUCAACUCCUCCUUGUGGUCUUUCUAUGGCGUGGCCAUCAAGAACAGCUUUGUAUAUGGGCCAAACGGAAUUGCUUUGGUACUGGGGUUUGCUCAACUUGCCUUGAAGAUCUUGUAUCCAGCAAAUAAAAAGACUGCCUAA